GUAUUGAUUGUCUUUCAUAUAGAUGUGUGAAGUGUCUUAUUUUCGAAACAUCCCACAUCGGUAAGUAGAGAAUCGUUACUCAUAAACUUUAUAGUAUAAAAAGGAAGCCGAGACACCUUUCCUAAUCAUACCUUUCUCGGCCUUUUGGCUAAGAUCAAGUGUAGUAUCUGUUCUUAUCAGUUUAAUAUCUGAUAUGUGGGCCAUCGGCCCACACGCGAUAUUAACUCUAUUUUUUAAGGGAGAAGGCCCAUCAAGAUAGCUUGCUAUCUGGGCUUUCGCGAGUCGCCCAUGCGUUGCACUAUUGCAAGGGCUUGGCUCAACCCGCCAAACCAAUAGUUUAAUAUUUUUCUUUUAAUUAAAACCGAAUAAUCAAGUUUUAAAAUUGGGUCAAACAAAACUAUUUACAAAUUAAUCACGGAUCAGAGGCAAAUCAUAGUGAAGUGAGGGAGAUAGAAAAUAGUAGAAAAACAUGGCGAACCCUAGAAGGGUACUGAUUGAGAACCAGAGGUUUUUACCUCUAAUCAAUCUACUGAAGAAGCCUCAAGCGGUUCCUCUGCUUCUCUCGUUUUUCCUCCUCCUCACAUGGAUCACCCUCAGGGUACAGCACUCUUCUCACUUCUCUUCGUCUUCUUCCCAUCCGAAAUCGGCAUCGAAGAGUCAUCCGGAUUUGGAAAUCCUCGACGACGACGACAAGGUUAACCUGGUCCGGUUCGAUUCGGCGUCGCUCUCUCCUGUCCGAAAAGACGACCGUGGAUGGUUGCUUGAUCCCGUUAUCCUUGCUCGUGAUUCUCGGCUCAAUGGUGGAGCGGCGUCAUGUGUUUCCAUUCAUGUUGGUGAAAUCCGGCCUGGGGGGUUGAGGGGAAACCACAGACACCAUACCUGUAAUGAGACCUUCGUCAUUUGGGGUGCCAAGACAAAAUUCAGGCUGGAGAAUCACAAGGUCGAAAAAGGUUACGCCGAAGUGUUAAUCGGAGAGGAUGAAGUAGCUGUUGCGGUUAGUCCGAGUGGCACGGCUCAUGCUCUGAUAAACGUUGAUCCUUUGCGUUCUACUUUCUUCAUUGGCUGCCAAGACAGUAGUAUGCAGAACAGCUCAACUAGCGACUACAAAGUAUGGAAAGAUCUAUGAUCCAAAAGCUGUUUUGUUUAGUUUUCUCCUCUUCUUUCGGACUUUCAUUGGCCUUUCUCAUUCACUUCUUCCUGUGUAAUCAGCUUCUCUGUUUUAUUUCUAUCGAGCUCUUAUUUUUGUAUAGAGUUAGGCUCCUUUUUUUUUGUCAGUCAUAUUGUUGCUGUGAUUAUCACCCUUAAACCUUCGAUAUUUAGGGUUCAAUGAUAUCAUCAUGAUACCACAUACUCCAACUUUCAGAAUUUAUUUACAGGUGCG